GCGCAGCUUCACCGAAACGGUCUGCACCUUUGUCUUCAACAUAUCAAACAUCGAGCAAGAACUACAACAAGUUAUUUAUUGCAUCAUUCGGGAUUGCUACUUCAGCGCUAGCUUUUCCACGACUUAAGUCUCAACAUAUUAGGUCACGACAAUACAUUACGACGCACCCCGCCAUCCAUACUUCUACAAGAUCACACUGACUUUCGCUCUUGGUGUGUGCCCUGGCGCGGCCGGGCCACGACCUUGGAGGAGGAAGCUGGGUUGAAAGACAACCCGACCGGUCACGAGCGCGUCACCUAGAAAAAUACCACAGCUAUGAGCCUCAUCGCGGAAUUUCUGACCAGCAUACGCGGGUUCGUACAAACUCAAAAUGGUGACGAGCUCCGCAACUGGCUGCUCGUCGAGCCGAAUGUUGCUGCACAUUAUUAUGAGCUUGGGCAACAACUGAGGUCAACUUGUCCCCCUAAUUCUGACAAUAUCGAGAAGCUUGUUGAGAAGCAUCUGCCAGAAGAAGAUGACGUUCCAGAAGGACGAGGCUCGGCGUGGCCUGGCUUCAAUUCGUUCAUGGAGGAGUAUUUGAAGUACUGGCGCGAUGUAGACUUCAACGACAUCGUCAAACUUUAUGGCCGGCUCAGCGACCUGCUCAUAUCAUGUGCAAAUGCACUUGCUAAUCCAACAUAUGGCAUCAUGCUUCUACAAACCAGCAUGUCUCUCUCAGAGGCGCUCUCCAAGUUGGUGAUGAGCAUUACAAAGGAACCUCAUCUUAUGGCCCAGAUCCAGGGCGAUAUGACUGGCGAUGAAGCUGGCGAGAAGAAAUCGAUCGUCGAGCUUGCCGCAGAUAUCAUUCAAAAGAUCUUUACAUCGUGCCUCACAGAUCGAUCAAGUACUCGCUGGUCGCCUCCAAAGGGGAAGAAGAUCGCCGUCUAUCUGUUUGCAAACUUGACACUGAAAUUGCUGUUUGCUUGCGACAAGUCAAGACUCGCCGUCCAAAUGUUUACCAACCUCUCUACAAGCGGGCCCGCACUCUCCCUAUACCCGGCAUCACAACGCGUAACCUUUCUAUACUAUCUUGGCCGCUUCAACUUCGACCAUGGCCAUUACAUGCGUGCCCACUGGUGCUUUGAAGAGGCCUACCGGCAAUGCCACCCGCAAUUCCUCAAGCAUCGCCGACAGAUUCUAAUCUAUUGGGUUCCCUCGAACCUUCUCUUGGGACGUUUUCCCUCACAGAUGCUUCUCUCGCGGCCCGAGGCCGCCGGCUUCGGCGACAUCUUCAUACCAAUUUGCGCCGCCAUACGGACCGGCAAUUUCGUCGCCUUCCACCAGGCCCUCAACGCCAGCAGAGACUGGCUCUGGGACCGCGGCCUCUACCUCACUCUUCUCUACCGUCUCAAACCGCUCGUCUGGCGCUCCUUUACGCGCAAGACGUUCCUGCUCACAUGGGAAGGCGCCACCGGAAACGAUCCUAACAUGAUGACCAACCGCGCCCCCGCCCUCUCCCUCGCCGACCUUGUGGUCACCGCCACCUAUGUCCAGAAGCUCCUCGAGGGCUACGUCCCCGUUGCCGCUGGCUCCUCCGCUCUCGCUCUCGCCCCUCCCCCAGGCGGACAGCCGAAGCGGCUGAUGCCGUCGGAGGGCCUGAUCUUUGGAAACAAGCAACCGGAUCUCGACAGCAUGGAGUCGAUCGUCGCGGGCUUGGUCUACGCGGGCCUACUUAAUGGGUUCAUUGCUCGCCAACAAAAGAAGUUCGCGGUCGAGGGCGCCAAGCGCAAGGGCGGAAACGCGGUGGCGGCCGGUUGGCCGUGCCCGUAUGAGAGUAUCAUGGACCGGUUCAGGGAGGACUACGAGGAUGAGCUGGCGGCGGCGGAUGCGGGUGAGACGAAUGAGCCACCGGGUGAAUUCGAAGAUGUACCGGGGUGGGUGAAAAUGGGUUGAUGAUGGGGAUGUAAGAGGAGGGACUUAAGGUGCUUAAACAUGAAGAGGGAGGGACGAUUAUUGCUCUAUUAUUUUUUCCUUUGCUUCUUCCUUUGCAAUCCUGCUAUAGAAAAGCCGACAUGACGCUAGACCGUAUCAGUAAAGUUGAAGCAUCACAUUUGUCAUAUGGACUUUCAUAGGCCAUACAUAUGUAAUAUGAUGUUUUUCAACUCG